AUGCCCUUCUCACGCUCGUUGACCAUCGUCGGAUGUCAUUCCGAAGGCGAGGUUGGGGAUGUGAUUACUGGUGGAGUCCUAGAUGUCCCCGGAAAGACCAUGUACGAGAAAUUGGUACAUUUUGAGACCAAAGAGGAUGGCCUGCGACAGCUCCUUCUGAACGAGCCCCGAGGCAGGGCUUCGAUCAACACCAAUCUUAUUCUCCCAGCUUGCGAUCCUCGAGCAGAUGUCGGCUUCCUGAUCAUGGAGAGCGAGGAGUAUGCCCCCAUGUCUGGGUCCAAUACAAUCUGUACCACCACAGUGCUCCUGGAAACUGGGAUGAUCCCUAUGAAAGAGCCAUUCACUGAAGUGAUCCUGGACACGGCCGCUGGGCUGGUGACCGUCACUGCCGAGUGUGAGGCUGGGAAAUGCAAGAGUGUCGAGUUCAAUAACGUUCCCUCUUUUGUUUUUGAACUCGAUUAUAAAGUCUUGGUGCCUGGAAUCGGACAGGUAUCUGUUGACAUUGCAUAUGGUGGCAUGAUGUAUGUUUUAGUGGAUGCGGCUUCAUUGGGCUUAAUGGUCGACAAUCAACAAUCUCGCCAGCUAGUAGAAAUUGGCGAGCGUAUCAAGCGCGCUGUUGAAGCGGCAUAUACACCCAUCCACCCCGAGAAUCCUGGAAUUAAGGGAUUCAGCGUGUUAGAAUUCACCGAGCCCCUGAGAGUUGAAGACGGAUUCAAGGUAGCAUCAAAUGCCGUUGUUGUUUCUCCAGGGCGAUUUGAUCGGAGUCCCUGUGGUACAGGGACAUGUGCGCGUCUAGCGGUGCUGCAUGCUAGAGGUGAAAUAAAAGAGGGGGAGAUAUUCAGGCACCGCAGCAUCAUUGGCACUGAAUUUGUUAGUCGCAUUCGUGGGACCACAAAGGUCGGAGAAUAUCCGGCUGUUUUGCCUACUGUGAAAGGCCGAGCCUGGAUCACGAGCUUCAAGCAGGUCGUUCUUGACCGAACAGAUCCAUUUCCACAAGGAUUUCGAGUAGGUGAUCAGUGGCACAUUCCGCCAAACUAA